AUGACAUAUCAAAGAAAUCUAUGCCUUUUGGCAUUGUUGUCAGUGAUCUGCUCGGUAGCAAUCUCAUUCACACCAUCACAGAAUACAGUAUUCUUUGAUGACCUUCAGUCAACUACAUCCAAAUGGGUGAAGAGCAGCAAUUCACAGGCUGAUUUCGAAAUCAAAUCGGCUGACGAGCCAGUGGACGCAUCGGACAAGGGUCUGGUGCUGCCCCAGUUGGCCAAGCGCUACGCCAUCAGCAGCAAGCUGGCCAAGCCCGUCGAUAACACUGGUCGCGAGCUCAUUGUUCAGUAUGAGGUCAAGUUGCAGAACGGUUUGGACUGCGGUGGCGCCUACCUCAAGCUCUACCAGGCCUCUGAGAACUUUGACGUCAACACCGUCUCCACCGACACUGUCUACUCGAUCAUGUUUGGUCCAGACAAGUGCGGUCACGACAACCGUGUGCACUUCAUCGUCAAGCACAGAAACCCAAUCACCAAGGAGUUCGAGGAGAAGCUGAUCACCGCCAAGCCACCCAUCCGCACUGACAAGCUGUCCCAUCUCUACACUCUGCACAUCUUCCCCAACAACACCUUCAAGCUGUUGGUCGACAGAGUCGUCGUGUUGGAGGGCGACUUCCACAAGGACUUCACCCCAGCCUUCAACCCACCCAAGGAGAUCGACGAUCCCUCCGACUCCAAGCCAGCCGACUGGGUCGACCAGGCUCAGAUCCCAGACCCAGCCGCCUCCAAGCCAGAGGACUGGGACGAGUCUCAGCCCGCCAGAAUCGUCGAUGAGAGCGCUGUCAAGCCUGACGGAUGGUUGGACGACGAGUCCGAGAUGAUCCCAUCUGACGAGCCCAAGCCAGAUGAGUGGAAUGAGGAGGACGACGGAGAUUGGGAGGCCCCAAUGAUCCCCAACCCCAAGUGCGAGGAUGGAAUGUGCGGUAAGUGGGAGGCACCAAUGAUUGCCAACCCAUUGUACAAGGGCAAGUGGUCCGCUCCAAUGAUUGAUAACCCAGAAUACAAGGGUCCAUGGAAGGCUCGCCAGAUCGCCAACCCAGGCUACUUCGAGGUCGAGAACCCAUACAUUGUCGAGAAGAUUGGCGCUGUUGGUAUCGAGGUCUGGACCAUGUCUUCCGGCAUUCUGUUUGACAACUUCAUCAUCACCUACGACGAUGAGGAGGCCAAGCGUUUGGCCGACGAGACCUUCUUCCCAAAGAGCGAAGUCGAGAAGCAGCGUCAGGCAGCAAAGGAAGAGGAGGAGGCCAACGCCAACACCAAGAGCGUCGUCGAGAGAGCCCUUGAGUUUGCCGAGAUGUUUGCCGCCUACGCACAGGAGAACCCACUCCCAGUCGUUGGAGCCCUCGCCGUAGGUCUCCUGCCAAUCCUGGUCUGUCUGAUCCGUCCAUCGUCGACCCCACAAAAGGUCGUCAUCCCAAAGGAGACCGCUGCCAAGCAGUCGGCCCAACAAGAGUCAUCCGAGGACGACUCCUCAGACGCCGAGGAGUCUGAUGAGGAGCCCGAGGAGAAGAAGCCAGCCGCUACUACCUCCACAACAACAAAGAGAGUCCAAAAGGUUCAAUAA